UUUUCUCCAACCGUAAAAUAUAGGGAGGGAGGGGAUCUCUUGAUCAUAAUAUUAUUAGCAGUGGAUUAUCGACUUCCAUUGAUAAAGCGGCAGAUUCAGACCCAUAAUCCUAUUGGGCGGAGUUUCAGUAACAUGAAUGAAACCAGGGAUUCUAAUGCUCUUGAGGAUGAUCAUUCUCUUCAAGAAUCAUCCUUUUCUUCCAAAUGCUAUAAACCCAGAAGUUACCAAUCGAAGAUGUUUGAAGUUGCAAUGAGGAGGAACACAAUAGCAGUGCUGGAGACAGGCGCUGGCAAGACCAUGAUAGCCGUGAUGCUUAUCAAAGACAUUGCUCAAGCCAUCAAGUCUAGUGGCAAUAAAAAGUUGAUUAUUUUCUUGGCUCCCACCGUUCAUCUUGUUAAUCAGCAAUUUGAGUAUAUUAAAAUACAUACAAAUUUGGAAGUGGGAGACUACUAUGGAGCCAAGGGGGUUGACGAAUGGAGUUUAAAGUCCUGGGAGAAGGAAAUGAUUAAGCAGGAUGUACUAGUUAUGACACCCCAGGUUUUUCUGGAUGUCUUAAGAAAGGCAUUCUUGAGUCUAGAAGCGGUGUGCUUGAUGAUCAUUGAUGAAUGUCAUCGGGCUACUGGUAACCAUCCUUAUACAAAAAUAAUGAAGGAAUUUUACCACAAAUCUAAUGGAAAGCCAAAGAUUUUUGGUAUGACGGCAUCCCCUGUAGUUAGAAAAGGUGUCUCUUCUACAGCGGACUGUGAGGAUCAAAUAUCAGAACUUGAAAUGAUCUUGGAUUCCCAGAUUUAUACUGUUGAAGACAGGACAGAAAUGGAAGUAUAUGUGCCAUCUGCAAAAGAAACUUGUAGAUUUUAUGAUAAAGCACAGAUGCCCAGUCCAGGUUUAAAAGCGAAAAUAGAAGCCUUGUGGUCCAAGCAUGAUGCUUCCUUGUCAGAGUUGCAACAGUCCUUGCAAAGUAGAUACAAAGACACGGAUGAAAAAUUUAAGAUGCUGCAAAAGCGGUUGUCCAAUGCCCAUUCAAAGAUUUUGUAUUGCCUUGAUGAUCUCGGUCUCCUUUGUGCUUAUGAGGCUGUAAAAGUCUGUCUAGAGAAAGUCCCCAACACCAAAGAAGAGUGUGAGGUUCAUGGAGAAAGUUCUUUGCAGUACAGAUAUUUUCUUGAGGCAGUCUUGUGUAUAAUUGGAGAAUAUUUCCCACAAGGUGAUGAAAAUCUUCUGGGUUCAGGCUCUAAUUAUUCGGAGGCAGUAGAUUUGGGCUAUGUAUCUCCUAAAUUAUAUGAACUUGUUCUAAUUUUCCAAUCACUUAGAGGAGCUGGUCAAGUGCUUUGCCUGAUUUUUGUAGAAAGAAUUGUUACAGCUAAGGUAAUUGAGAGAUUUGUGAAGAAAGUUAGCUCUUUAUCUCAUUUCACGGUUUCAUAUUUGACUGGGAGUAGUACAUCGGCCGACUCACUGCCGCCAAAAAUGCAAAAGGAGACAUUGGAAUCAUUUCGUUCCGGAAAGGUCAAUUUAUUAUUUGCAACUGACGUAGUCGAGGAGGGAAUUCAUGUACCAAAUUGCUCCUGUGUGAUACGUUUUGACCUGCCCAAGACAGUUCGUAGUUAUGUUCAAUCUCGGGGACGAGCUCGACAGAAUAACUCUGAAUUUAUUGUGAUGCUGGAGAGGGGAAAUGUGAAACAAAGAGAUCAACUGUUUGACAUAAUCAGGAGUGAGCGUUCAAUGACAGAUGCGGCCAUAAAUAGAGACCCGGAUGCAUUCAUUCUGAAAGCAUGUGCUAUCAAGGACACAAAUGCUUAUUAUGUGGAUGCGACUGGGGCCUCAGUUACUGCAGAUUCUAGUGUCAGUCUCAUUCAUCGAUAUUGUGAAAAGCUUCCUGGUGACAAGUACUUUGUCCCAAAGCCAACUUUUCAGUUUUCCUAUCUCGGAGGGUCUUAUGAGUGUAAAAUGAUAUUACCUCCUAAUGCGGCUUUUCAAACCAUAGUUGGUCCCAUAAGUCGGAAUUCUCAAUUAGCAAAGCAGCUUGUAUGCUUGGAAGCAUGUAAGAAGCUGCAUCAAAUGGGUGCUUUGGAUGAUCAUCUUCUUCCAUCCAUUGAACUACCUUCAGAACGAGAUAUAAUUGUAAAAAGCAAAGAAUCAGCCUCAGGUGCAGGAACAACAAAGAGAAAGGAGUUACAUGGAACAACUUUCAUUCAUGCACUAUCUGGAACUUGGGGAGAAAAAGAUGAAGCCAUUUUUCAGGUCUAUAAAUUUGACUUUUGCUGUAAUAUUCCUUGGGAGCUGUAUUCUGGAUUUGUUCUUUUGAUUGAGACAAAGCUUGAUGAUGAUGUGGGAAAUAUUGAGUUGGAACUUUACUUGGUCUCAAAGAUGGUAAAGUCUUCUGUAUCUUUCUGUGGGCAACUGCGUUUGGAACCAGAACAGAUGAUGAAAGCAAAGCUCUUUCAAGAAUUUUUCUUUAAUGGUUUGUUUGGAAGGCUUUUUUUUAGAUCAAAAUCAGCUGGAGCACAGAGAGAAUUUUUACUUCAGAAAGAAACAAAAUCACUAUGGAACACAUCAAAUAUGUAUUUACUUUUACCUCUGGAAAACACUUCAAGCCCUGAGCCUUACCGAAUAAAUUGGAUGGGGAUAAACUCUUGUGUUUCUGCAGUUGAAAUUUUGAAGAAAGGUGCAUUGUUAGGUGCUGAGCGUUUUAAUGGCGAGACAGGAAGUUUAGCACCUUGUAUAAACGGUUUUCUUGAGACAAAACGCAACAGUGCUGAUUUUAUACACUUGGCUAACAAUUUGGUUGACAUAAACAAUCUUAAAGAUAUGGUAGUUCUGGCAAUUCACACCGGAAAAAUCUACUCUGUUGUUAAGAUUAUGAGUAAUACAUCUGCUGAGAGUCCGUUUGAUGGAAGCACUGACACUGCCCCAUCAGAAUAUACUAGUUUUGCUGAGUACUUCAACAAAAAGUAUGGGAUCGCGCUGAUGUACCCAGGACAGCCUUUGUUGCAGUUAAAACAAAGUCAUAACCCACACAACCUUCUUGUGAACUUUGGUGAUGAAGGCACUAAUGGCAAUACAUUGGAAGCUGGUGUGCUUAUCAAAAAGCCAUACAUACAUGUUCAUAUGCCACCAGAGCUUUUGAUCAGAAUUGAUCUUUCCAGAGAAGUUUUGAGAUCAUUUUACUUACUACCAUCUGUGAUGUACCGUCUAGAAUCCCUGAUGUUAGCCAGCCAGCUUAGAGGAGAGAUUGAUAGAUGUUCUAGCAACUUUCAUAUUUCAAGCACAUUGAUUCUAGAAGCUCUAACAACACUAAGAUGUUGUGAGAACUUUUCAAUGGAGCGUUUAGAGUUGCUUGGGGAUUCAGUUCUGAAGUAUGCUGUGAGCUGUCACCUCUUUCUUAAUUAUCCUGAGAAACAUGAGGGACAAUUAACUGCUCGACGCUCAUGGGCUGUUUGUAAUGCAACCCUCCAUAAAUUGGGAACAGCUCACAAGUUGCAGGGAUAUAUACGUGACAGUGCAUUUGAUCCUCGCCGUUGGGUUGCUCCAGGACAGCGUUCUCUACGGCCUGUUCCUUGUAAGUGCGGGGUGGAUACUUUAGAAGUGCCUUUGGAUGGAAAAUUCCAAACCAAAGACCCAAAGAUUGUGGUUGGAAAGUGCUGUGAUAGGGGACAUAGAUGGAUGGGUUCAAAAACCAUUGCUGAUUGUGUUGAAGCCCUUAUCGGAGCAUACUACUAUGGCGGUGGAUUAGUUGCUGCAGUUCAUAUAAUGAAAUGGCUUGGAAUUGAUGCUGAACUUGAUCCCUCAUUGGUUGCUCAAGCAAUCACUACUGCAUCUCUACGAGCAUAUGUCCCAAAGACCAAUGAGAUUGCAACCCUAGAGUCAAAGCUUCAGUAUAAAUUUUCUGUCAAGGGUCUUUUACAAGAGGCUAUAACACAUGCAACUGAGCAAGAACAGGGAGUUAGCUACUGUUACCAGCGGCUUGAAUUUCUUGGUGACUCGGUGUUGGAUCUGCUCAUUACAUGGCAUCUCUUUCAGAGCCACCCAGAUAUUGAUCCGGGAGAGUUGACCGACUUGCGUUCAGCUUCAGUUAAUAACGAAAAUUUUGCUCAAGUUGCUGUCAGACGAAACCUUCAACAGCAUCUUCAACACCACUCAGGUUCACUUCUAAGUCAGAUAACAGAAUAUGUAAAGUUUAUUUCUGAACCUCAUACCAGUAGAUCACUCCAAGGCACAAAAGGUCCUAAGGCUCUUGGAGACAUGGUGGAAAGCAUUGCAGGGGCAAUACUAAUUGACACGAAGCUUAAUAUUGAUGAAGUGUGGAGAAUAUACGAGCCACUGUUAUCUCCAAUUGUGACCCCCGAUAAACUUGAACUGCCUCCACUACGUAAACUGAAUGAACUAUGUGAUUCUCUUGGGUAUUUUAUAAAAGAAAAGUGCAUAAAGAAGGGAGAUACGGUGCAUGCCGAGCUUAGUUUACAGCUGAAGGAUGCCCUUUUGAUUGGACGGGGUUGUGAGCGGAGCCGAAAAGCUGCUAAAGGAGAAGCAGCAUGUCAAUUAUUGAAGGAACUGGAGAAUAGAGGAAUUUCUUGCUCCCGAAGUGCUUCCCAGAAGAGAAAACUGGAUUCUGAACACCAUAGUGAUUCCUCAGCUUUCGACAUGGACAUUGAUUUGGACAAUCAAAUAAGUGACAAAAAUUCUUCAGAACCCAAUAAAAAGCUCAAAAUAAAUGAAGUUCAAUUACCUGUAGAGUCAAAUACAGUUUCUUCCCCUGCCAACAAUUGGUCUGAAAAAGCCUGCAUACCCAACAAUGGCACCCCAGUCAUUGCUUCGAUCAAAAUGAAGAAAGGAGGACCCCGGACCUCUCUUUACGAAUUAUGUAAGAAAGUACAGUGGCCAAUGCCUACAUUUGAUACGACAGAAAGUAAAUCAAGAACUCCAAUCGAACUCGGCGAAGGCUCCGAAAAAAGGACGGGGUUUAGCAGUUUUGUAUCAAGAAUAAACUUGCACAUACCUGAAUUUGGCAGCAUCGAAUGCACAGGAGAUGCUAGAGCUGAUAAAAAGAGUUCACUUGACUCUGCGGCGCUUGUCAUGCUUUAUGAGCUUCAACGACGUGGAAAAGUCAUCAUAGGUGGCUCCUAAUUUGUCUAAUACCUCAAAUUUUAAGAAUAAUAUCAUCUUCUUAAAUUAGAGCAAUUAGGCAGCAGGCUAGCUAGUCAGGCAACCUCAUAUUAUAUAUAAUCUCUUUCAUAUGAUAUUAAUUUCAUGUUCAUCUUCUUUUUA